AAAUCAGCCAGUCCAGAGGAUAUUCUGAUAAUGACCUCCCCUCACCCUCCAUUCUUAAUCCUGCCCUUUCUGACUCUGACGUCACUUUUCCACCUCGGCCACGGAACACAAGUGAGACAUGCGCAGUACCACACGUGGAAGUACAAAUCCUUCCCGUCUGUGACGUCAGAAAACCUGUGUGCGUCUCGCUAUUGUAACGGCUCGUUGAUCGCGUGUACCGUGAUGUGCAGCCUGCACCCUGAUUGUACGAGCUUCACGUAUAACCCUGCCAGCCAGACGUGUCUGAGGAAUGUAGGGGACGCCCACACGUUUGGUAACUCGCUCAUCUCGGCGACUGACGACACACACUACGUGGGGGAAGUUCUGGAAGAUGUGAGAGAUGGGGACUGGAUCCUUGUGUUCCGGGGUCAAUCCUACAACGGGGUGUCUGUCAAGGACACCUGGGAGGCCAAAGGUCAGGCCAGUGAUCUAGACUUGGUGCACUUGAACUUUGACCUCAUUUCCAAGCUUGGCAACAAUCAGACAGCUCACUUCCGGUCAAGGUGGCUGGACCAAUGGCCCUCAGACACAAUAGAUCAGGUGAGGUUUGAGCUGUACAAAGAUGGCGCCACUGUGGUUCGCCUUGUAUUUAACGGUACCGGGAGUUCCUACACAGACUGGUUCAAACAGUCCCGACUCAUCCAAUCCUCGUACACAGACCUGAUGAAUGCCACAACCAAGUUCUUCUCUCUCAAAGGAAUUGUGUUUCGCCAUUUCUACGUGAGCACCAGCAAAGUCAAGGAGUGUCACCAGCACGGGUGGCUGGUCAUCGAAGAUGACGUCAGCAAUAUGUGCCGGUGGUCAGCCUCCCAGGCCUCAGAGACGUUUCCUCAUAUGAUCUACAGUAAGCUGGACACUCUGGACAACUGGAAUGAGGAAAAUUACGGCCUCGCUGACGUCAUGGCAGUUUUCAUCAGGUUGAAGUAACCGACACAGCAGGAAUAGUGUGGACAAAAUACACACAUGACAACACACAAACACAUACACACACAUACACACACACCCACACACCCACACACACACACACACACACACACACAUACACAAAUAAUAGCAUACACAUUAUUACACAUACACCCCCCCCCCCUGACGACUUCUAAUUGGAGGUCUCAUUUUUAUUUUGACAUACACUUGAAUACCUCUGGAGUUAACCACACGUCAAACUAUAUUCUAUAACCAAUAAAUAUUGUUUAAACAAUUUC